GUGUCGCACGUCUUGUCGGGGUGUUGGUGUUGUGUGCACUAUCUGAAUUGUGUAUGAUAUGUGCGUGCAUGCGUGCCGGUACAAUAUAACGCAUCUAUUUCGUGCGUUAUAGAAUCUUUCGAUUCUAGAUCCUGUUUUUCAAAGUGAAAACUUCGAUUAUCCAAGUAUCUAGAGUGUCAAAUAUUUUGGCAUAAGAUUAAAGAUCACUUGAAUUCCUUGUAAUUUUUAAAUAAGUGCACAUUUCAUAUGUUAGUAGAUAUUAUUCGCGCGUUAUCAACGAUAGUGUUCUCAGAAUUCACGAAAAAGUACACGAACUCUGUUCUGCUACCACGCCGUCGAAUGAGGAAAUCGGGAUACACAGUGUUACACUCGCAUGCUCUUCACUUUUGCGGUUUCAGAAACUGGAAAUAAUUGUAGUUAAGUAUUACAAGAAGAAGAAGUCAAAACUACUGACUCAUAUAAUUUAUUAAAUCAUCAAUUUUAUCAGCAAAAAAAAAAUAUAAUGAACAAAACAUAAAUAUUUCAAAUUCAUUCUAUGAUGUGAUUUGUCAAAACAUAUGGAUUAUUCCCAACAAUGGGUCAUGUAUAUUUGGAGUUGCCCCAAAAUGGGUGCUAUCAAAUGAUUUCAUGUUGUGGAAUCACAUAUGGGAGUUGCUAACACAUAAUAGCGUAUCAAAUACAUACAGUUCAUGACACAAGAAGGAAAAUAUAAGUGUGUUGAAUUUCAAAUCAAUAUACUUUGAUCAGUUUAUAAACUUCUUAUAACCAACAAACGAUAAGUAAUAAAUUCUGAUGCACAGAAGAAAACAAUUGGUAAACAUCUGGUAAAGUUGUAGUACCUGUCAGCGUGAUUAUAGCAUAAAUAAAGCAACUAAUUUAUUGAAUAUUAACGAAGUUACAGCUGUCGCAUCAGUGCUGUUGAAAUAUGUAAAAGUAAAAACUUAUUUAAAACAGAAGAAAAAGAAGAAGAAGAACUUUAUCCUUAUAAUACUAUUGAUUGUUUUCACUAUUGGGUGAAACAAUCAAACAUUAUACAGAGUAUUGCAUAAUACAAACUUCUAUCUAACAUUUUAAAGCACUAUAAAAAUAUGUGCUUUCCCAAAAAACAAGUCAUUUAAUUUAGUAAAAAAAUACUUGUAAGGUAAUACAGAAGGUGAAGAUAAAAGAAAUCUGUGCAGAUUUUUAGACACAAAAAUAUCUUGAAAAAAUUGUGCCAUUUUAGACCGAACAAAUCAUUCCUUUGAUAUAGAAGAGUGCUAUAACACAAAGUACAAGGAAAUAAGCUAUGGUUUAUUAGAAUUUUUCGAUCCAAGUAAUUUAUCUUAUAACAUAAAGAUCAAUAAAAUUUCUAAAUACAACAUAUGUAAAAAUUUUGAAAGAAAUUCAAGUUGUAUAAUAAAUGGAUACUUGAAGCAAGAAAUUAAUCUUGCUUUCAAUAAAUAUUUGAAUGAUAAAACUUCAUUGUUUCUAUAUGACAAGAAAACUCUUUUUACAUGUUUGUCUCUGAAUAUUAAAAAUAUUAAUAAAUUUUAUUGAGACAAACAAGAACAUUGUUCUGCAAGUGUUUGUGAAUCAAUAUUAUUAAGUAAUUGGGAAGGUUUCAAGAUGUCCGGACAAUAUCCAGGGCAUAGCCGACCUCCGGUUGGUACACCUCCACCUCAAACAGUCUGGAAUCAUCUUACAAUGACACAAGGUCAAGUUUCAGGUUUAAACAUUCAUCCAACAGCUUUGUCAGGUGCUGCGUUAAGUCCAGCUGGGUUUUAUACGCAUCCGUCUAUAGCUAGAGCACCACAACUGACACCUCAACUUGCACAUACUCAAGCACUUCCGACCUGGCACACACCGACUGUUCCAUCAAAAAGUGUUACUCCAGCCAAUACACCAGGAAAUCCUUUAUUUAGUUUACAAAUGCUGGUAGACAAUAGGCAGAAUCAAAAUCAAUAUAGAAAUUCACCAAGUUCACAAAACACGCUAGAUUUAUCGUCUACGUCAGAAAUUAUUCCUGAAAAUUAUUCGCGAAUAUCCCAGGAUAUUCCAAUAAGUCUGACUGCAAGAAACGUAGACAAGGGUAGUAGGAAUGGAAAUAUAAUUUCUCCUCCAAUACCUCUGAAUGGAGAAACUUCAUCGGACAGUGGAAUUAGUUCAUCAGUUCCAACACCUAAUUCUGUUAGUGAACCAGUUUCAUUGUCAACCAAAGAAGUUACAACGCCUAAAAUAACAGUGAAAAACUUUGAAAGCAAUUUAAAGGGUGUGGCAAAUGUUCAUGAUAAGAUAAAGGAAAUGAAUGUAGAUAAUUUUACGCAGAAAGUUAUAAAUUUGCCACCUAGUGUAACGAUCGAAAGGGUAGUUCCGGAAAAAAAAGAACCUGAUAUCGCGAAAAGUAAAGAUACAUUAAGUGUUAUUGCACAAGUGCCAAGAAAUGUUUUGCCUGUUAUCGUGAAUCUUACCUCCAAAAUGGAUAAAGAUGUGACAGAUAGUUCAAAAAGUGAAUUAUCUUCGGAACAGGAACGGAAAAUUGAAGAGGCAAGUGUGAGAUCGCCUAAAAAUUUACCUAAAAGAGGUAAAAAGGGUGUGGAUUCUCUUUUAGAGAAAUUAGAAGGUGGAAAUAAAAAGCUUGGAAGUGCUGAAAAUAUUGGAUCUGUUAUUGUAAUGCCAGUAGAAGAGAAAGAUACGUCAAGUGUUAAAAGUAUGUCCCCUGAUAGACAAAAAUCGAAAUCUCCAAAUAGAGAAGAUGAAGUUGUAUCUCCUACAUUCAGUAAUGAUGAUUCUAAUGAUAAUACUAAACAGCGCAGAAAAAGGAAACUCGAAAAGCCAGUACGACUUAGUAAAGACUCGAAAACAGAAGUAGAAGAUAUGGAAUUAGAACCUACAGAACCAAUAGAACUUAGAAUAAAUGAAUCAACACCAGAAGAACUGGCAAGUGCUAUCCCAAUUGUAAAAUUAGAAGAUAAUGAACGUAUUGCUACAGCAGAUCAUAGAAUAUCUGAAAAGGUAGAUGAAACUGUAAGUGAAAGAAUUGAAGAAAAUCAACCAAUUAGAAGGCGCAGAAGUAGUGACAAUAUACCUCCUAGUUCAACUCCUUCGAAUCAGAGGGUUAGAAGAAAAUCCAGUGACGAUGCAACUGAAUUUGUAAAAAUAACGAGUCCAAAGGUUGUAAAUAAUACAAAUCCAUUUAACGAAGUAGAAUCAGAACUUGAGAAAAUGUUUGCUGGUAUCGUCGAGACAGAAGCGGAUGUUAAAAAGGAGGAACCAACAACAGAAUUUGCAAAAUCUCAGCUUCAAGCUGGUAGUACAACUAAAACUGAGAAUCUAGAAAAUAAUAUUCUACAUACAAAAGAAUUACACAGUGUUAAUCCUACUGAUGUUUCGUCCACCGUUGAUACAAAAUUAUCUGGAAAAAAGGGAAAAAGGACUAAAGUUCAAGGAGGGAAACGAAAAAUUUCCAGAUCUUCUGAAAAUAUUUUUGGAACUGUCAAUAAUGAUAUGCCUCAGAAAGACAUAAAAAAAAGGAGACUGUCGAAAAGUUCGAAGAAACAAGAUAUUUCGAAGAAAACAAAGAAAAAUAUUAAAGUAGACGGAGUAAGAGAAGUAACGUACGAUUCUGGAUCAAAUGCAAGUUCUAUCAGAUCUCGUGGACCGGUGGUUCAUGUUGAAGGUCCAAGAGAUAGUCCUUUAAGUAUUCAAGUAGUUAAUGCACCCAGGGAAGAAGAAGAAGAGAAAAGUAAAGAGAAACGGAAGAGUGUGGGAAAUGGUAGUGCGGGAAGGAGUAAGAGACUCAGUCAUCAAAAUGAUUUAGACUAUAGAGGUAAAGUCAGUAAAGUGGGUCUUUUUAGUUCAACGUUGUCAUCGCGUUAUGACGCCCAUACAACAGAUUCUACCUGGGUCUGUGUAUUUUGUAAACAAGGUCCUCACGCUGUUAUACCUGGAGAUCCUUCUCGACCACAUCCUAAUUUAGCUGGACCUCACAUAGCUCCUGGAACUUACAUUGUUCCAGCUGGUGUUUUAAGCGAUUUAUUUGGGCCAUAUUUAAUUGGUAAAGAACGCUUAGAAGAUGGAAUUCUUUCAGCUGACGAGCAAGAAAUUACUACUGAACAGAAAAAAGGUAGUAAGAAUAAAAGAAGUUUGAGGUACGCUGGAUUAGCUGAUCAAUUUACUGCAAAAAUGGGUAAAAAGAAACGAAAUUCCGUUGAAAGUAAUACCAAUGCCAUAUUUACUGGAAUGACUGUACUCCCUGGAGAGGAACAGCGUUGGGAAGUUUGGCUUCAUGAACAGUGUGCCGUUUGGGCAGCUGGAGUAUACAUGGCAGGUGGUAGAGUAACGGGUUUGCAAGAGGCGGUGUGGGAUGCAGCGAAGUCUAUAUGUGACUCUUGUGGUUUAACAGGAGCAAAUAUUGGCUGCGUUAAAAGAGGUUGUAAAGCUGUUACUCAUUAUCCUUGUGCGUUAACGAAAGGUUGGCAUUUGGAUACUAAUCAGUAUAUACCGAAGUGUAACCUUCAUCGAGUUACAUGAAACUUCGCAUUUAACAACUGUGAAACGUUUUCGAAAUCACACUUUGUAUUAUUCAAUGCAUGAGUGUGUGUUGAAAUGUGAAAGUAUAAAUUCCAGAUGUAUAAAGGACAAAUGUAUGGUAAUUUUACCUACUUUAAAUAUCAAUAUGCUCGAUAGAAAUAUCUUCCAAUGUACAGGAUGUUCCAAAAAAAGGAAUGCCAUUAUUGUCUUUAAGAGUUACAAAUAAAAAAUGAGAAUUAACGGAAACGAAGAAAUAUAACGAUUCUUCUCGUUAAUUAAAUUUAAUUUUCUUGGCCUGUGGCCUUGAACGGUGGCCUUUUCGACCUAAUAUAAAAGCAAGAUUUUUUAAUUUAAAAUUAAAAAUUUACCUAUAGGGUAGUUGAAUCGUUGCUGAGAAACAAUGUUAAUAAAAAGAAGGUAUUUGCUUUUUUACUAAUAUUUAUGCAACUUUGAAACGUUAAAAGUUUUCCCUAAAACAUCAUGUACGCAGGAACAUGUACAGGGCAUAUUGUACCAAAUUAAAAAUUUGACAAGAAUCGAAAGCAUAGACUUUUCCAUAAUUGUAUUUGUGUAUAUAAAAUGAAAUCGAUUAUUAAUCAAUUGAAUGGAAUUUGAACACUCACACUUUUUAUAAGAAGUGUUAAUAAAAAAAAGUAUAUAAUAGACAAGUGUUCUCCUGUGAAUGUAAGAAAUCACAUGUAAAUAACAAAGUUCUUAUGUAAGAAAAUGAUUAUUAUAUUAUUAUAUAUAAUUUCAAUGAUAUUGCAAGACUUUUUUUUAGUUUUUUUUUUAAGUUGUAUUAUUUUUAGUAAGCAUGUGUAGUUAUGUUCUUAAUGACGCGGAAGUACAUUUGGUGUAACGAUACUUAUUUUCACUAUCACUUUUUUGAAGAUUAUGACAUAUAAAUCUUAUAUAGGUGUAAAUAAAUAGAUUUUUUGCUCAUAAAA